ACUGCGGAUGUAUUUUUAUGUAACACCUUAUUCCGUCCAGUAGCGGAGACCGUGGUAGGAAGAGAGACGUCACAUUUCAACUCUUGCAUUACAUUCAUUUUUACCGAAGAUAUAUCAGCUACUAUUGAUAUCAUGCGGGUUGUUUAAAACUCGGAGAGAAAGCUAACAGCGGUUAUUUGGCUAACUGAGCUAACCAACGGUCACCACCGUGCGCCUGUCAAACCAGUCCUUCCAGUGAGCUCAUCGCCCUUUGAGCUGUGAGUCAAACAUCGCGGAGAGGUGGACGGGCAGGCAACAUGACGAGUUUGGCCAGUAAAGUGUUUUGCAGGGUCGAGAGGCUGUGUCACCACCUCCCCGUCGUCCUCAACACCUUCCUGGUCUUCUCCAUCACCGGGGAGGUGAGCUACCUGGUGCUGGUCGAGGCUCCGCUGGAGGCGGACCAGAAGAAGACGGUGUGGUCCUCAUGGUGGAAGGCGGUCCACCUGCUGGCCCAGUACUUCAUGCUGGUAAACAUCUGCUGGAACGCCCUGCUCUUCCUCAGAACCAGCCCCAGCAUCCGGGGGGUGUUCCUGGGGGGAGAGGGCAUGGGCCAGGGGUGGAGGUACUGUUAUACAUGCGAGACACACACUCCUCCUCGAUGCUCCCACUGCUACGACUGCAAUGUGUGUGUGCUGCGGCGGGAUCACCACUGCGUCUUUUUUGGCCGGUGUGUGGGUUUCCGUAACUACCGCUACUUCCUGAGCUGCUUGUUAUUUAUGUGGUCCGGGCUCCUGUACGCCACUCUGAUGAAUGCAGAGGUCUUCAUCGUCAUAUUAAAGGAGGGUUUGACUCUGCACAGCAUCCUGCUGCUGCUCAUACCCUGGAUCAUGCUUGUUUCAGGCCAGGUCUCAGCACGUGCCUUUGCCUUCGCCUUCAUCGCUGACACAUGCGUGGUGGGCUUCCUGCUGGUGUCCGCCUUCUUCUUCUUCCAUCUCUUCCUGAUGUUUCGGGGACAGACCACCAGGGAGUGGUACUCGUCCCGCCGACCCUACAGCCUCGGGCUCCUGGGCAACCUGCGUCACACUCUGGGCCUUCGCUGGUACCUUUGCUGGCUCUGCCCGCUCAUCCCGUCACCUCUACCCGGAGAUGGGAUAAACUUCCAGGUCACGGGAUCGCUGGAACCCACACGUUAAAAGCUGAAAGUCAGAAUAUUAUCGGGCCAUGUGUCUUUACUUUCAUGGUGAUGGUUAAUGUUAUCGGGAGCAGCAGCAGGGAAGAUCACCUCAGUUCAAGAAGAGGUAGCUUGGAAUGGGAAGAAGCAAGAACAGUGUGUGGUUGUUUAAGAUGUUACUGGGUGUAACUGUCUACGAGUAUCUCCUUGGUAGCCUUUAGCGUGUGCUGAGACAAAGAAAUUAUGGGUCUACUUUGGAAGGUAUGUUGACCUUGACCUAAAGGUAAUGUGUGCACUCAUAGAGGCUGUCCUCAGAAUAUUAACACAGAGAUUAGCAGUGUUCCUGAAUACUGAGCACUGAAAAUGUAUGUAAACAACACUGAAACGAGAAUGUAUUUUAUUGAUCAUGAAAAAUGUAUAAUUUUAAAUCCUUGUUAACAAGCACUCACAACUACUUACUAUGAUUCCUGGGUAGUCAUCCUCUACUUAAAUGGGCCUUCUCAUACUGUUUAUUUUGCCUCAAUCUGAAGGUCACACAAAUUUGGCUUGCACUGUUUCUGAUAUAAAAUACACCAUCAUUAGCCUGCUAUCUGCUGUUGUGCAUUAGCUGCUAGGAUCAUGAUGUGCUUGUGCUUUCCACUUGAGCUUUUUACUGGAUAUUGUUAACAUGUACAGGACAACAUAUGUACGAAUAUGAUCAGAAAUUUUACAUGUGUGAAAUCUAGUGUCACAGUUUACAGAUUAAUGUAAAGUUAUUUAGUGAAUACACUUUUUAAAAUCUACCUGUGGACGUCACAUGUGAACAGUCUUUCCCCAUGUUUCACAUUACAACAUUGCCCGUGUUUCAGUCAGUAAGGGACUACUACAAACCAAAGCUAACAUACAGUGUAACAACAUGACAUGUACUGAUGUGUCCCAAUUCCCUACUACAUACUAAUUGUACACAGUAUAUAUGGUAUACUAAUCUUUAUAGCAUUCUGUUUUUGCAGUUAGUAUACAGGAAAUCAAUAUACUUUACCAUUUUAUACAAUACUUAGGCUGUCAGACAUCAGUCAGACUGUGAAUUUAGAAUGUCACUGCCAUUAAACGUAACAGAGAAAGCAAAAUAUUUUUUGUUUUGUUUUCUGAGGGGUUCCUCAAACUAUUUCACAUGACUGUUUUGAGUAUACUUUAUUUUGUCACUUUACAUACUCAAAACAUACUUUGAUUUAGUAUGUAUUAUGGAUUUGGGACACAGCUAACAUGUCUUACAAAACUUGAUGCCAAGUGGCCUUUAUAUCUAGUGAAUACAUUUACAUUACAGCCAAAAAUAUAGUUUGUAAGUACUUUUAAUUGUUUGCUAAAUAUACUGUAUAUGUCUGCUUAAUAUUUUGUUUUGUUGUGCUAUUUCAUAUGGGUCACACCAUUUGAUGUUUGGUUUUGCUAUUUGAAGGUGCUUCAAUAAAUUGUGUCAAAGGAA